CACGCUGCUGGCUGAAAGUCUGCCUCUCUGCCGUCAGCUCUCUCCAACUCCGGCGCGUGUUUUUUUCGUCCUCGCGAAAUUUUCGGCUCAUCAGAAAAUUUAAUAAAGCUUCAACUAUUUCAACUUCUUCGAUUCCAUGCGUUAAGACUUUCGUUAUCUACCGAAAAUCUAGAGAAUAAACUGUUGCAAUUCCAUGCUUUCUUAUUAUUUGACAAUAAAAUAGAGGCAAUUUCAUCAUUAGGAACGGUCACGAUUUGAUCCCUUUUUCAAAAUUUCACGAUCGUUAAAAUUGAUCACAUCAGAGGGGUGGAGAGUAAUUGAACUAUUGACGUGUAUGCUGCUGGACUUGAUGUUUCGUUCUUGCCGGGUUUGGACCUUUUAAUGCUUGGGCCUUACUGAUAGAAACUUUUAAUCGGUGGCUUUUGUGCCGGAUAUAAAUAAACUUUAAAAAUUCAAAGGAAUAUUUUUAAAAGCCGGGACUGUGAAAUGAAACUGAGAUCUAACGUGAAAGUGGAUCUUGGGAUUUCAAAUUUAAACUCACUCUGAAACACUUUGAGAUUACUUCACGUGAUAUGAGGAUGCAGUAGAUUCAGUGUCAUCUUUAAGUGCUGUUCUCUGUAAAUGUACGACCUCAGUUUUUACCUUAAAUCCGCCUCUUGUUUGCGGAUAUUUAUCUCGACUCAGCCAAAUCAUUUGAGUCACAAUGGAUGAUUGGAAUUCAUCAAAAACACCAUCUAAUCAAGACCUACACAAUGAUAAGCCAACGAAUGGAGAUCCGUAUGACUUUUUAUCUGGGCGUCAUGUCUGGUACCCGGCAUCGCAUGCGCGCCCAAUUUACUGCAACAUCUGUCGGGAUGGGUUAUCCGGCAUUACCUCGCACGGUUACAGCUGUGAGGUCUGCAAGAUGAAGAUACAUAAAACUUGCAAAACGAAGACGCUGGACAACUGCAAGUGGACCACCCUGGCAAGCAUCGGUCGGGAUAUAAUCGAGGAUCAAUAUGGGAAUAUUUUGAUGCCGCAUCAAUGGAUAGAAGGCAAUCUUCCUGUGUCUUCAAAAUGUUCUGUCUGUGAUAAAACGUGUGGAUCUGUUUUGAGAUUACAAGACUGGAGAUGUUUGUGGUGCAAAUUAACUGUUCAUGAUCAGUGUCGUCCAGGAUAUAAAGAUGUAUGCAUGAUGGGCCCUUGUAAAAUUAGUGUUGUACCACCAACUGCAAUUCAUAGUGUAGGUAUUGAUGAUUCUUGGGAAACUAUUCGACCUCGAGAAUUUUCUCCUCUUUUGGUUUUUGUGAAUUCAAAAUCUGGUGAUAAUCAUGGAGUAAAAUUUCUGCGAAGGUUCAAACAGCUUCUCAACCCUGCUCAAGUUUUUGAUCUCAUAACCGGCGGACCUAACUUAGGUUUGCGUUUAUUUCGUCGCUUCGAUCCAUUUCGAAUACUCAUCUGCAGUGGUGAUGGCUCGGUAGGCUGGGUCCUCUCUGAAAUUGACAAGCUGGGAUUACAUAAUCAGUGUCAAGUUGGUGUGUUGCCUCUUGGAACUGGCAAUGAUCUAGCAAGAGUGUUAGGAUGGGGCUCAUCCUGCGACGACGAGGCUAAUCUUCAGAAUUUAGUCGAAAGAUAUGAACGUGCAGGAACUAAAGUUUUGGACAGGUGGAGUGUGAUGACAUUUGAAAGGGGCAUAACAGUCUCUACCGGUGAUAAAUCAACCUCAGCCUCUGCGAAAACACCAAAUCAAGAAGAUAACAAUAUUGCUGUAAUUGCUGAGUACGAGCAGACGAUCUCCACACACCUUGCAAAAAUUCUAUUCUCAGACAAUCCAGUCACAGUCAUUAAGGCUGCUAGCGCUUUGUGUGAAGCUGUGAAAGAUUUCACUUUGCGUAUAACUGAAUCAAGCUUAGUACAAAAUGAUGACGACUUGAGCGAGAAAUGUCAUAUCCUAAAACGUAAACUAGAUAUACUGUUAGAUAUUUUACAUGAAGAGCAAGUGCCAAACGACUCUUCCAUCGACAAGAAAAGCAAUGAGCACUUAGAUGUCAAUCAAUCUGAGAAACCUUUCAUUUCAAGUAAUGAUUCCAAGGAUUAUAAUAAUAAGCCUCCACAAGACCAAAUACUUCAAAGAACAAACAGUUUAAAACGUGCUGUACGUAAAUUAAUAGAACCGAACACUAAAUCAGAGGAAGAAUUGAACCACACAAACAUGGUGCACACUGCUAACUCGAGUCCAGAAAAAUCCAAUUUUUCCAGAAUGAAUUCAACCAGAGCCAAAGGUCGCAAAUCAUUACAAAAUAAUGAAUUUACAUAUCAAAUCAAUCCAAAACUGUUGAAGGAUGAGAUUAAUUAUAGGACCACUGAAAACAGAGACAAAUCAUUAGACGUUAAUAAAGACCAUAAUUCACCUGCCUCGUGUCUUAAACAGGAAAAAAACCUAUCAGCAUCUUGUGAUAACAAUUUAGAGUGUCUUAGUAGCGUUCCGUCUGUGAAAGGGCGCAGCAAAUCCUUGGACUACCAUGACAAUGAGGAUGAAUUUGAUGAUGAUGAUUCUAUAAAGUUUGAUAGAGUGCCGUCCGCUCUGUCAGAAGAAAUGCUAUCAAAGCUGAAUCACAUUGAUUCAUCAGAAACUUCUGACGAUAAUCCUGAGACAGUAUUAUCCGCUACCUUCUCUGCAAAAAGCACUGAAGUGGACACCACUGAAAACGGGAGAAAGUUUGCUGAUUGCAGUUUUAAAGAGUCUCGAAAGGAAAUUAAUCGGCUGUCAAUUACGAAAAGAUUAGAAACAGACUCGAUAGACAAUCCUGCGGAUACUGAUGAAUUGGAUGCAACCCUCCUUAAACAAAAGCGAUGCAGCAUAGCUCACUUCAUUGAAGGUCAUGACAUUGGUAAAAAAUCAAUCAAAUGCAAACACGAGCGAUAUAACAGAACAGCAAAAUUAGAUUCAGCCAAAGGUGAUAAUCUGGAAAAAGCAGCAAUAAUUGAUGAAGCAAUAGAGUCGGAAAAACAGUGCCAAUUUCACAAAGAGGACAUCGAUAGAAACUUGGUUAAUAUCAUAAAUGAGAUUGAUUUAAAGCUGUUGAAUUCAUUAGACUUGCCAAUUGAAUUGUUUGAUAAAUUAGAAAAAAGAUUUGAUUACAUUAUGGGCAGUCAAAAUCUUUCAAGCAACAAAACAUCCACAGACAAUUUGUCCGUUGGUAGUAAAUCAGACAAACCAGAUUUCUUGCAAAAUCAACUUCACUUUUUGAAAGUUGAUCACCAAAUAACCGCAGGCUCAGAUUCAAGCAUUGAGUCAAAAACUCCCAAGCAUCGUUUCAUCACCGUUAAAGAUGCCAUUCCAAAUUCAAAUGGAAAUUUAACAAAUGGAUCAAGCUGUGAUAGAAUCAAUGAAAGCUUGAGCUUGGACACGAAUAGACAUAGCUCUUCCUCUGAUAUGGCAGCUGAGGUCCCAUCUAAAAAUAAUUUAACCAGGAGUGAGACUGGUCCACCAAACGCAGCAUCUAUCAUCGGUCCAACAGUUGUCAUUAACCCACCGUCUCCUUCACUGGAUAGCCGGAGAAACUCCAGGAACAAUAUUCUCCCUGAGUUUCGAAGGUACAGUUAUGACAGCUGCCGACGUCUCUCCGCUGCAUCACCUCUUACUCUCCUCCACGCCUCGUGUCCCGCAAGAAGAAUCUCAAACAUCAGUCUCCUUCAUCCAGAAUCAAUGGAGUCUCAAACUGCCAGCAGUGAAAAGCGAAGCCGCAAAAUCAAAGCACUACCUAUCAUCAAUCCUCUCGUUCGACUUUCAAUGUGGCCCAAUGUGAGCGGCACCAGUUUAAUAAGCAAUGUCUUACUUGCAAACGCUGAUGCUUUGUGUGCCCCAGCCGUGCCUCUCAUGGAUCCAGACGAAUCGAUAAUGGAAGGUUACCGCGAACGAGUUGUCAUGAAUAAUUAUUUUGGGAUUGGCAUUGAUGCCCAGAUAUCACUUGACUUUCAUAACAAAAGAGAAGAACACCCAGAAAAGUGUAAAUCAAGAGCAAGGAACUACAUGUGGUAUGGAGUUUUAGGAAGCAAGCAGUGGCUGCAGAAAACGUACAAAAACCUAGAGCAGCGAGUUCAACUAGAAUGUGAUGGAUAUCGAAUCCCUCUCCCUCACCUUCAAGGCAUUGUUAUUCUUAAUAUACCCAGCUUCAUGGGUGGCACCAACUUCUGGGGCGGCACUAAAGAGGAUGAAGUUUUCAUAGCUCCUGCCGUUGAUGACGAAAUCUUGGAAGUGGUUGCUGUAUUUGGGAGCGUUCAAAUGGCGGCCUCAAGAUUGAUCAACCUCCAGCAUCACCGAAUCGCUCAGUGCCGAUCUGUUCAGAUUAUCAUCUCAGGAGAUGAAGGAGUACCGAUACAAGUUGAUGGUGAGGCAUGGGUUCAACCUCCCGGAAUGAUUCGCAUCAUACACAAAAAUCGAAUCAUGAUGCUCUGUCGGAAUAAAUCUCUAGAGCGAACUCUCAAAACUUGGGAAGAUACAUUACGGCACCUUCAUCGAAUGCGCAGUCGAGCCACCUCUACUACCAUGCCUCCUGCCAAACUAAAUGCAUUCACAGAAGAGGAAUUGCAGUUAUUACUUGGUUUUAUCGAUUCAGCAGCAAGUUUAGUCAAGUGCAUCAAAUUGAUUACAAUCAACAACCCCUCUUUGAAAAAUGAGCUGUACGAUCUAGCGUUUAAUGCUGGCGUUGAUGUUGAAAAUGUUCAUCCAGGAGGGCGAAUACUAGAAGGUGUAGCUCUUCGCAUCGCUUUUACCAAAUUAUUUUUCACCACCAAACAGCUUUAUGAUGAAAUCCAUACUCUCCACGACAAGUUUCAUAACUUGCGUAUUCAGCCUGAGCUCGAGAGUCAACUAACCUCUGUCCUGAUAAAUGUCGAGCUAGAUUUGAAGAAAUGUCAUAUCGUUUGCUCACCACUUGAUCAGCAAGAACUAGUAUAUCUGACACCUCUCUCUCCAGAAGAAACGAAAGCAAAUAAGACCCGGAAAGGACGUUUCCGGCUGUUGUUCCGCCGUAGCAGUUCUUCAAAAGCAUCCAAUUAUGCCAUUCGUGACCCCAGCUCAUGGAGCGUGAAUGAAGUAUGUGCAUGGCUGGAAUCGAUUCAGCUCAGUGAAUACAUGGAAAUUUUCCAGUGUCAUGAUAUCAGAGGGAAAGAACUCCUUGUUCUCUCAGAAAUAGAUCUCAAGAAAAUGGGCAUCACUAAAGUUGGCCAUGUCAUCCGGAUUCAGCAAGCUGUCAAGGAUGUGACCUCAUAAAUUAUCUCUCUUCAAAUUUAUGUGUUUGUACUUAUCAUUGCACCCUGUCAGAGACGUAAGCGCGUUGAGUAAAUCUAGUCAAAUACCGCCGCAGAGCAGUUACAUCUUUGUAUUUUGAAGCCAUUUGUAAGUGUUAUGAUAACUCUCAAUCAGAGUGUAGAGUGCGGAAUUUAAAAUUUUCUGACAUUGAUCAUACCAAGAGAUUUGUUGUAGGAAGGGACAGCAUAGUAGUGCGAGAGAAGCCAAAUAAGUAUGAUGGAACUAUAGGGGUCAAGAGAGAAGAAAAUAAAAGAAUUUCACCUAGAGCUGUGCAAUUUGUAAAACUUAAUUGUGAUGGAAUUGAAAAUUUUUUUGCAAUUAAUAUGCCUUUUGACUUGAUUUUGAAUUUUUAAAUUCCCGCCUCGUUCAUUUGAAGUUGCAUCGUUUCUACAUCCGUGCAUUGCUCGCCUCUGGCAGUAAAAAAUUGCACUAAACAUGUUGAGAAUUCUGUGAAAGUAGCCUCAGAAAAUUGAUAGUAAGGUCUAUUGCGUUAAUGAGAUGUGACUGAUUAGUGCCCAAUUUUUUUUAAAUUAGGUAAUAAACCUCUUAAAAAAAACCCCUCUCUGUAUCUCUCCGAAACAAUAAACAGUUGUGUAUUUGCCAAGUUUCAAUGAUGAUGAUGAAGAUUUUGUGGGUACUUCUGCCAGCAGAAGUUCUCAGUACGUCAAAUGAAAAAGUAACAGUUAUCUGCAGGCCGACGGAGACUCCUUAACGUGAAUUUUGUGAAGUUGACUCAUACUCUUAAUUUUCUGCAUGACUAAUCAUACCUUAAUCCUAUCCGUGAAUACUUUAUUAAUCUUAAUCGAGUUUUGACCUAAAAUUCCGAAAAUUCUUUAACUGUACAGCUCUCCUAGUGGUUUACUGUAUUUUACAUGCAGUUGUUUCAGAAAGGUUUAUCUCGUCAGUUAACAGAAAAGUUGGGUACCAAUGGGCACAUCUUACACUGACCAUAAGGCCUUGUCCACACGAAUACAGUUUGCGGAACUACGGGCCAACUUACUAUAUCUCAGCUAUAACUUUACUCAUCGAAACCCCAGUUUGUGGCUCUGAUUUGGCCAUACUGCGCUUGUGUGAACAAGGCCAACGAAUUGUCCACGAAUGUUUUCUAAAAAUUAAGAGCAUUACUUUUUAAAUACCUGUAUCUUAAUCGGACACAAUUUUCCUCUUGAUUUCAAUCUGAUUUUUGCAUUAUUAAAAAGUCUAGAAAUCCUAAUUCUGUAAAUUCUUAAUGAAAUUUUCUUGUAAUUAGCCAUGCACAAGGAAAUGUAUCUAUCUUAUAGUUAAUCCACCAGUUCCAUUGAUGACAUUUGAACUUUCUCAUAUAAAUUCGUGCGUCGCUACCUCAUUUUGAUGAGUCUUCCUUACAGGCACUCUUUUCUGGAGCCAAAGCGUUUAAAUGAGUCAGUUCCGCUAUUCAUAGAAUUGCGUUUUGAUUAUUUAAGCCUUUAGAUCAACAAAAAAUAAUAGGAUACGUCGAAAAGCCUAGCUUUUACGGAGGUUCUAAUGGAUAUAUCACCCCUCAAAAAACACAGUGUUUGCUGUCACCCUUUGCGUUAGUACAUACCAUGUACAUAUAAUACAUACUACUUAAUUAGUGCCACUCACAUCUGCUGCUUGACCUAAAAUGCGGGUGAAACCAAGGUGGAAGAAACUAUGGUAUGCGCCUCUCCUGCGAAUGAUGUCUUACGCCAUAUUCUUUUUAAGGCAGUAUUUCUGUUAAUAUUGAACAAGGAGACUUGGUAUUUGGACAAAUGUAAUCACUCAUCUAUAGUUAAAAAAUCAAAGCAUGAUUUUGUGACUAUUGCAACCGACCGGUUGGAUUAAAAUUCAUUUUCACUUUUCCUACCCUCGGAAGUUAUCAUUUGACUGUAACUAUGGGCCUUGCCAAUUAUAAGUAUACAUAUUAGCAAAAAUUUUGACUUGUAGGGCAGAAUUUUAGUUUUGUCCCAGAGACAAUUCCUUCCAUCAUCAUCUAAAUAGGACAAUGAUCGUUUUUCUCUCAUACAAGUAAUAAUCACGCUUUAAUUUUAUUACUGAAUUUUAAUCUAUGUACCUCACAUAUCAUUUAAAAAUAAUACAACAUGUUAUGAGUUUUGAAGUGUUCAACAUGAUUAUUGUAGGUAGUAGUAUUAGUAAUUGAAAUCGGACACUAAUUGCUCUUCGUGAACAGCUUUAACUCAAGUAUUAGAAAUAUGUAUGUGAAAAGCAAUAGGACGAACUAUUGACUCUUUUUUGUUUAUCAAGAGCAAAGAUAAGCAGUCAGAAUACAGCCAGUGCACUCAUUUCAAUUCGAUACCUAUUGUCAAAAUUUAAGUACCUUCUCUUUCUCCUUUGUUCCUUUUUUUUAAGUUAUUAUCACUUACAACCUGAAAAUAAUUGCAUGGAUGAAUAUGUUGACCAGAUAAUCAGUGGACCGUGAACUUAAUCUUAAGUCAACAAUGUCAUAGUUCAAGAUCCUCUCUCUAUACAUAUGCUGGGGAACUUUUUUCAGGGAUAAAGAGAGAAAAUGAAUCUCAGUUGAAAUUUUUGUUGGAUAAAGACAAUAUUAUAUUCAUUCAGCUGAAGCCAAAGUGAGAAAAUUUAAACUAAUAUAAGAAACCCACUUGCACGCCCAUGAUAAAAAGUGGCAGACAUGUUUUUGAUAGCAGCCCAUCCUCUGUGUGGCUCAACCAUCUCACCUGCAGCCCCAAACGCGUCUGCUAUUUUCCGGCAAUCAAAAGUGCAACUUCAUCUGUUUUUGCCUCAAGAUAUUUUUUCUUUUUAGAGCUUGUACAGGUAUUUUUAUAAGAUUUUCGUUUCCAACCACCGCAUAGCAAUGUAUUUUACAUUUUUCAAAAAUUUCUACCCCUUGCUCUGCAGAAAAAUAAAAUGUCCCGCUAUUUUCUGCAAACCGAAAAUCUAAAUAAAAUAAAAGUUUUGAAAGAAAAAUUUGAUCAUCACAUACUGAGAGGAAGAAAUGGAUUGAUCGCUAAUCCGUUAAGGUAGUGAAUCCAAUUUUUAACCUCACUAUUUGUUUUUUUCAUGAAAGUACAUCAUUGAUGCUGCACGCACAGUAAAAAUAUGUACCUACCUCAUGUAAAUCUGCUUGAUGCAUUUUGUUUGAUUUCCUAUUUUACAGAUGCUCGAUAGAUUUAUGUGUAAUGAAACCAGCGCAUAAAAAAAAAGAAAAAGCACUACACACCUUUACACUGUUUUUCUAGACUCCAUAUAGUACCUACUGUUUACCUCUUUUUAAGUGCUUUAACUUCUUGUUAGGUUUGUAAGUAAAUACAUUAGAAGUCUCUUUUCCUCUUUUUGUUUAGUUACCUUGACACAUUUUUUCUUUUUAUAUUUCUCUGAUAUACUCCGUACAAUUUAUCAUCCGCAAGUCAGCUCAGCACAACGGUUUCUGCCUGAUUGCAGGUUGUAAUUUUUAUCCAUUUUAUUGAUAGAAAGCCAUAGUUUGUAAAAGAAAAAUUAAAGUUUAUUUUGGGUUUAUCAAAAUAGCUCUAUUUUCAGUUUAUAGAGGCUAAUUUUUAUUCUCCAAAAGGUGAGCUCGAGUAUAAUUGCGCACAUCUGUUGAUGGACCAAGAAUGCAGAUUGUCCAAAUCUGUCAAUGAACUGAACCUACAAAACUUAAGCUUUGUUUUUGAGAGCUUUGGGAAAGAUAUGAGGCACUAUAUUAAAUUGUGAAAGCUGGACAAUCAAGCGUACUUUCUUGACUCCAAAGUUUUGGGAGCUCCUUUUGACAAGAAUACAAUCUCCACAGCCUGAAUUGAAUUUAUGUAUUCAAAAAUCAUGAAAUGCAUUUAAAAUAUUGUUGCAUUUGGAUGUUUCACCUGUUUCGUGUAUUUUUAUGUCUGAGUUAUGUUUGUGCAUAGAAGCUGUGAAUACUUUAUUUUCUUACUUUGUUCCUAUCUUGCUGUAAAUAGUCUCCCGAAAUUGAGACUGGUAGUAGGUAAAACUAAGUCUAGUUUUCUGCCCUCAUUUAUUCAGCCAGUCUCAGAUUAUGUAUAUAUUAUUAAUUGCUAUUUAUUUUUAUUAGCAGAUAAAACUUUUUUCCUCCUACUAAUGGCUAGUCAACAGCAUGAUUCCUAUGUUCUUUGUACAAGAUUGCUGCAGGUGGAGUCACCAAGUUUUGUCAAAAAGAGAGAGAAACGCAAUCACGCCAUAUUUAAGUAAAAAUUUCCAUAAAUUUAAAUGGACCACCAGACACAGUACAGAUUUACGUUUUCUGACUCAUGUUUUCUCCACAAAAUUUCACAUGGAAAACAAUUUGUGCAAUGGAAAUCUUAUCAAUAUAUUAACAUUUCUACCCAGCACAUGUUACAGAAAGUUUAAAUAUCCUGCUCAUAAGAAAAACCAGUAUCUACAUGAGUCAAAUUGCGCAUUAAAACAAUUUAAGCAGGUUUCUUAACAGAGGAGUGUUCCUUCCUUGUCUUAUGUUUUAAAUAGUGAAAAGAAAUGUGCAACAGCUGAGCUGAAUCGUUCAUGAUCGAGGUUAUGCUAUAUUUUCAUUCUGCAGGACUGUUACGGUAACGUUCAGUGUGCCUUUUAACUCAAGAAGAUCAUGGUUUUCUUAUAUACAGAAAAUUUGAAUUUGUGCAUGAAAAACAUUAAUUUCUUGUUUAUAAGAGUCACUUUAAUUAAUUUUCGGUGCUCAAAUCGGUUUCUACCCGAAAUUUCAAUGAGAAAACAUAUUAUCACAUAUAAAUUUGUAACAUGUCUAGUGGUCCAUCGGCAUCUCAUAACAUGCUUUCUUUGUAAGUGACACAUCGUGCCAUAAGAAGCAGGUUCUAAGAGUGUCAUCCUAAAUACCUAGUUGUUCAAGUUCAUUUGUGGCAAACUCAGAUUCAGUUCUGGCCAUCCCUCUUGCCCACUCAGUAUAAGCACAAAUUCUGUACGUACAAUUUUUUUUUUUUUUUUAAACCUGAGUGGUGAUUGUGUGACAAAGGUUGCUCAGAUCUAAUCGAAGUCAGCCACAUGCCUUUAAGCACAGAUCAAUUCAAGUCUGUGCUACCUCCCAGUCACUGGUAAAAAGUCGAUUAUUCGUUUGUAGAAAGAGUCAAUACCCUAUUAGACCACAUUUUGCAACAGGGACUUUCAUCUCCAACUUCUGUUCAUUUAAACAUCCUUCUGCAAGGAAGAACUACAUACUGGAACCAAAUGUCCUUCGCUUAAAAUGAGUUAGAAAUACUAGUUCCUAAUUGCAAAAUUUAAUCCAACGUAUAAUUUUUCUGUUCAGUUCUAUCUACACAAUCGAUGACUUCACCCAUUGCAUUAAUUCAUACCAUGAUUCUGGUCUCUUUUGUCUUCUCCUCAACAAUGUAUCACAUGAGGUGGUAUGCUAUUUGAAAUUGUUGAGUCCUCAUCUGUGUUGGCUCUAAUACCUUUGCCAGGAAGUAGACUCUAUUGACCUAAGAACAUCAUUGAAUCUGACCUCUAUGAAGAGCAUAAUGAAUUUACUUCACACAACAGGAAUCAGCAAAAGCUGUAAGUCUAAAUCAACAAAAAACUUCCUCCCUGUGUCAAUUUCCUUAAUGUUUGGGAGCCAGUGCAAACGGAAGUUGAAUCCCGCAACCAUUUUUAAUAUACAACAGUUUUUGUUUCUCAUUUCCAAAAGAAUUUUAUAAAUACCUAAACUUGGUGUCUUCAAAGAGUUCUCUGGUGCUAAAAUUGUUUUAUAGUCUUACUUCUUUGUUUUAAUAUCGAGUCUAUUUUUGAGCACAAGCUUUGUUGAAUUUUCAAAUGAAUAAACUAACAUUGUUAAUUUUUCCGUAAUCUAAGUAUUCAUCUACUGAAAGUAUUCAUCCGGUCUCACAUAUAUUGACCUGAUGACUGUAUUUGAUGAAAUAGGCUCCUUCACUUUGAAAUCCUUAAAGUUAUAACAAGUAUUUCUGAAGCGUUUGUAUCUUUCUGUUAAACUUCUGGACCUUUCCAACAUUUUUGAGAAAGUUAUUUCUAGUGUAGAUUUGCACUCUCUGUAUCUUUAAAGUUAUUUUAUCAUGAACCUGACCAUUAGUAAUCCAUUAGUAACCCUCCUGGGUAUUCUGGACCAAUUAUGAAUUAAUUCAAAGCUUUAAAAAGUUAUAACCUAUUUCCUACAAAUCUUCAUCAGUCAAAAACUUAAAUAUUCCAGAAACAUCUCUCUUCCACUAAUAGGCUCACCUCCAGUUUAUUUCUUUUUUCUUUCCAUCUUAGCAUUUGACUCAGAAUCAUAAAUCUCUAGAGAGCUAAAACUGUGAGAAGAACUAAUCAACUAACCAUCCAAUGCAAACGGGUACUCCUGUGGCCGAAAACAAAGGAAACUUUUACAGAUUUUUGUGCCUCAUUCGCAUUUUUUAUUCUGUGAGAGCAACUUCAACACUUACCUGUAAAAAUAAUCAACUAUCUUCUUACAACUGACAUGUUUGUAAAUGUUCUAACAAUUAAAAUAAUGGAACCGAAGGUAAUACUGUUUCAGCAUUUCAGUAGGUAAACAGUUCCUCGAUGUAGAGACUGUUUCAAAUCAAGUACAUGAGAAUUAUUCCGAAAGAAUUCUGCAAAAAAAAAAAACCAAAAGAAACUAUUCAUUUUUAGAUCUAGGUUCCUGUUGCCCAACAAGACAUGAUUUUUUGUUUCUUUUUUUAUCAGUAAUUGACUUCAACACGAAUAUUCUCCUCACUGUUGAUGGAGACGUUUUGUCAAACCCAUACUAAAUUAUUUACCAAGAAAUACUCAACUAAAUAUCUUCAAAAUAAUAAACAGUCCUAUUUUUUUA